GCCGGAGUAGACGUAAACAUCCGUAACACCUACAACCAGACGGCGCUGGACAUCGUCAACCAGUUCACCACGUCGCACGCCAGCAAGGACAUCAAGCAGCUGCUGAGAGAUGCGACGGGCGUUCUGCAGGUCCGAGCUCUGAAAGAUUACUGGAACCUCCACGAUCCCACUGCUCUAAAUAUCAGAGCUGGAGACGUCAUCAUGGUGUUGGAGCAGCACAUGGACGGACGCUGGAAGGGACACAUCCACGACAGCCAGAGAGGGACGGACAGAGUCGGCUUCUUCCCUCCGUCCAUCGUGGAAGUCAUCAGCAGGCGGAACGGGGGCACCCUAUCCCGGCACGCCUCUCUGCCCACCCAGCGCCAGCAGCUGCUGUCCAGAGCCCCCCUCUCCUCCAGCCUCAGCUCCGCCCCUCAGACCGACGACUCCUACACUCUGUACACCCCCCCCACCCACGUGGUGCUGCCGCUAGCCAACGGCCUCGCUGCCAACACAGCCGGAGACAGAAACAGUGUGGGGAGCACCGGCAGCGUUGGCAGCACCCGCAGCGCCGGGAGUGGACAGAGCACUGAGAGCAACAACGCACCCAAUGGACUCCAACACAACACUGGUCACCAUGACAACACCAACAAGCCGGCGCCCCCUGCUGUCGAUGCUGCACACUCAGACCUCAGCAAGCAGCCGGACUAUCCUGCAGCAGGUGGGACUCCGCGGAGGCAGACGGUGACGGUGCAGAGACCUGCAGAGCAGAGCUUCUCUCAGCAGUUCGUCCGUCCUCAGCAGCUGCUGGAGGGGAAGGAUGGAGAGGCCAUCUAUCAGUGGCUGAGUGACUUCCAGCUGGAGCAGUACACUGGAAACUUCAUCAGUGCUGGUUAUGAUGUGCCGACCAUCAGCAGAAUGACGCCUGAGGAUCUGACAGCCAUUGGAGUGACCAAACCGGGCCACCGCAAGAAAAUCGCCAUUGAGAUCAACAACCUGAACAUUCCUGAGUGGCUGCCGGAGUAUAUCCCAUCUGAUCUGGGCGAGUGGCUCAGUGCCAUCGGCCUCCCACAGUACCACAAAAAACUCUCUGAGAACGGCUACGACUCCAUCAGCAUCGUCAGAGACCUCACGUGGGAGGAUCUGCAGGAGAUCGGCAUCACCAAGCUGGGCCACCAGAAGAAGCUGAUGCUGGCAGUGAAGAAGCUGUGUGACAUCCAGAGGGCGAUCCUUCAGGCUGAAUCAGGUCAAGGCACGCUGCGACGCAAAGGCCCCGGAGCCCUCCACCUGGUCACCAUCGAGCCGCCCGAUGCCGGAGGUGAAUGCUCUUCGCCUCACACCCCAAAGAUGCUCACCUUCCAGGACAGCGAGCUGAGUGCAGAGCUGCAGACGGCCAUGUCGAGCCACUACGGAGGCUGUGAGGAAGGCUUGGCCAUCAAAAACGCUGUGGGGAUGUCGCAGAGCCAGGAGAGCAUCGACAACAGGUCCAGAGGCUCCGGUCGCUCUCAGGAGCCUCCCACAGCUCCCAUCAACCACCACAGCUGGUCCCAGGAGAGCCUGGACGGCAGCCCUGUCAAGGAAAGAAACCUCCCAGAGGGCUGGGACCAGAGGCCUCUGCAGCAGCAGCUGCUGCCCAAGCAGGUGCCUCUGGGUACAGCCACUGUGUUCAAGUACCCGGCCAUACCAGCUAAGCCCAAACUGCCGGGCUCACGUGGUUCCUCUCCCCACGGCUCACCGGCACUGAAGGGUUUCAGCUACCUGCAUUCUCACUGUGGCUCUACAGACCUGAACACAUCUACCAGACCUGAGGAAUACAGCCAGACUCUGACGCAUCCCAAGAAGCGCACUCAUAGCCUGACCCGCUACGCUCUGUCAGACGGAGAGCCUGACGACGAAGACGAGGAUCUUGGUCUUCCUUCUGGAAACUUGCCAUCGUACGCCACCUUAACCCGCAAACCCGGCCGCAGCCAGGUGGCUCGAUUACAGUCAAGUCCAGAGAAGAAUGGCAACGUGGGACGCAGUCAAUCGUUUGCGGUGCGCGCCCGUAAAAAAGGUCCCCCUCCUCCCCCUCCUAAGAGGCUGAGCUCAGUGAGCAGCACCACCAGCGGAGAGCUGAGUGACAGCAGCACGACGUCGUCUGCCGGCGGUGUGGUGACCGACAGUCCAGGCAGCGUGAGGAGCAUCACCGCCAAUCUGGAGGGCAGCACAGAGGGGAUCAAUCACCCAGGACAUAAACCGGACCUCACUGAGAAGGAACUGCCUCCCCCCGAGUCCAGAGAGACUCCAGGAGUGAGGAGGAGGGUGCAGAGCGAGUGUGUCCAGACCAGCAGCAGCACCGAGCCGGAGCGAGGGGUGAAGUCAGACUCAGAGGAAGAAGAGUCUAAAGGUCCUGGACUGGAUGCAUCUUCGUCCCCUCAGAAUAGCUCCAGCGAGUGCAUCCCCUUCGCCGAGGAGGGCAACCUGACCAUCAAACAGAGGCCCAAAGCUCCGGGGCCCCCGAGGGCCGAGGCUGUGCUGGAGCCGCCCGACAAACAAGCAGGCAAAAACCUGGAGGUGCCCGAGUUUAACCUGAAGGAGUCGGACACAGUGAAGCGCCGACACAAACCCAAAGACAAGGAGCCGGGUGGAGGCUCCCCCAGCAGAGAGGCAGACUCAGAGUCAGGCGGCAGCAGGCCUCCGUCCCAGAACCAGGACGAGCUCAGUCUGAGGAUCAGUGAGCUCGGUGUGGAGAGGCCAGCCAGUCCGGCUACUGGGUCGCCUAUCAAACCUCCGCUGUCCCCCAAACCUCCUGCUGUCGCCCCAAAACCGAUCCGCCACAGUCUGCUGGCAGCUCAAGCAGCUGGACCCUCGUCUCCGACUGUGACUGUCAGCGUGGUUCAGAGUUUGGCCUUCACCUCUCCGUCCCACGGGCCCCUGGUCCAGGUCCAGGCCCAGGCUCCCUCCCACGGGCCCCUGGUCCUGGCCCAGGUCCAGGCUCCCUCCCACGGGCCCCUGGUCCCAGCGCAGGCUCCAUCCCAUGGGCCCCUGGUCCAGGUCCAGGCCCAGGCUCCAUCCCACGGGCCCCUGGUCCCAGCCCAGGCUCCAUCCCACGUGCCCCUGGUCCCGGCCCAGGCUCCAUCCCACGGGCCCCUGGUCCCGGCGCAGGCUCCCUCCCACGGGCCCCUGGUCCCACCUCCAGCUCCACCUCCGGCCCCUCAGAGCCCCUCUCUGACAGCAGCGAGGCCUCAGGUGUGUGUGGUGGGGCCGGGCCUCGAGUCGUCCUGCGGGACACAGGUGGUCCAGCAGAGACUGGAUCAGACUAGCACGUCUCUGGAAGCCGCUCUGAUCGCUGUCGAGAGGAAACUGAACCUGGAGGACUCCGACAGCAGAGCGAACACAGUGAAGUCAGCAGGAACCAUUUUGGACGACAUCGGCAACAUGUUCGAUGACCUGGCCGACCAGCUGGACGCCAUGUUGGACUGAAGACUUCUCAUGAAAUCAACCUUCAAAAAAACAAAACAAACAAAAUGCACCCUCAAAGCUCAGGAAGUGAAACUCAGAAAGAGGAAAAGAAGGAACAGAGAAGGGUUGAUGGAGCGAUUUUUCGGCUUCGCUCUCUGAACUGCAACGACGGAGACAGUCAGAGGAGCCGAAGUCAAACAGCAGCACUUAACCUUCGCUGUGCUUCCUCCAACACUUCAUCUGAAUCCUGCACUCAAGUUUAAAUCUGAUUUCAUGAACCAAACACAGAGACAGCGGUCCACUGUGAGGAAAAAGCUCCAGAGUAUUAUUGAUUAUUGUAAAAUACUAAUAUUUGUCAAUGAAGUUCUGCCUGUUUGACAUUAUAGAGAGCUGAAGUCCUGAUGUCACUUUAUGUCUGCCUAAAAAAAAGUGAAGCGUGAUUCUGGGGUUUUAUCUACUGCAGUGGCUGAUAUAAGAACAUAUAAUAAAUAAUCUCUCGUUUGCCGUUAACACUUAUUUAGAUUCACAUUAUUUAUUUAAACUGUUUUCACCAAUCAGCAACUUACUAAGAAAAUACACAACUUAUACUAACUUAUUUAUCUUAUACUGGCUCUUUGUGCAGCCUCCCUUCAGUUCAAUUCAAAGUUUAAUAUUAACCGUGUCACGUGUCCAAAUUGCACCAAAUUUAACGCUGCACAUCCCUGAGUCCUCUGCAGUACACCUACCAAGUGUGAAGCAGGUGAGACGAACACAUAUUUGAGAUAUGCAGAGGACAUACAGACAGACCAUAGACUGUAUAUAAGAAAUGGACGUAACAUCCGUGACGUCACCCAUUGGUUUGUGGACUGCUGCUCGGAAGCUAAUAGUAUCGGA